UGCGCCGCCAUCUCAGCGCCCGGCGGCGGCGGUCACCGAGCGGGACGAGGGCUCCGCGCCGCCGCUGCUGCUCACGGCCGUCCCCGCUUACCCUGCCCUGCCCUGCCCGGCCAUGCUCUCCCGCCUCGUCCUGCGCGCCGUCCCCGCCGCGCUGAGGGCGCUGCCGCCGCCCGUCGCCGUGGGGGUGUUGCACACCACAAGACCACUGCACACAACUCAGCAGAGUCUGGCUCCUGUGCCACCUCUGCCUGAGAAGGGAGGAGAAGUUCGUCAUGGUUUUAUCCCCGAGGAGUUUUUCCAGUUUCUCUACCCUAAAACAGGAGUUACAGGGCCCUACAUGCUGGGCACUGGCCUCGUGCUGUACCUGCUUUCCAAGGAGAUCUACGUGGUGAACCACGAGACAGCAGCAGCUAUCUGCAUAAUGUCAGUCAUCAUUUAUGGCAUCAAGAAGUUCGGGCCCAGUGUCGCAGCUUUUGCUGACAAACUUAACGAGGAGAAAAUAGCCACAGCGAAGGCCAUGAAGAGCGAGGCCAUGCAGGCGCUGCAGACGGCCAUCGAGGAGGAGAAGAAGGAGCAGUGGAGGGUGGAGGGGCGCUCGUACCUCUUCGACGCCAAGCGGAACAACAUCGCGAUGCUGCUGGAGACCAACUACCGCGAGCGCCUGCUGAUGGUGUACAACGAGGUGAAGAGGAGGCUGGACUACCAGGUGGCCAUGCAGAACCUGAAGCGGCAGAAGGAGCAGGAGCACAUGAUCCAGUGGGUGGAGAAGAACGUUGUGCAGAGCAUCACACCUCAGCAGCAGAAGGAAAGCAUUGCCAAGUGCAUCCUGGACCUGAAGGCGCUGUCCAGGAGUGCCCAAGCAGCCGUGUGAGCAGCCCGAGCCCUCUGACAUGUGUCAGUACCUCCUGUUGGAAACUGUACGACUCUAAAAUAUCAUUAAACAGACAAAAAAACCCUCUGCUGUCUUUCACUA